AUGAAUAACAACGGUUACGGAUAUAACCCCCAACGACAGCAAGUGCCUCCUCAGGCUAAUCAGGGCCCAGGGAACAUGAACAUCCAAAUGCUUCAACAGCAAUUGGCUGCGUUAUCGCCUCAAGAACGCGAGCAGAUCUUGAGAAUGCACCCACAACUUGCUGGUCUCUUGCAACACGCUCGGAGAGCGCAGCAACAGCAACCACCACAGCAACCUCAACAGUCCCAACAGAGAUCCAUGAAUGCAAACAUUGUGCCUCAGCAAAUGGGCAACCAGGGAAUGCCAUACCAGCAGAACCCUCAGGGUAACACCAUGGACUUAUUGAACAGACAGCAGCAACAACAGCAUCAAGCAGCGCAGCGAGUGUCGAGUUUUGUUCCUCAAGGAAUGCCACAGGCACGAAACACCACCCCAAUUUCAAAUGCAGACAAAAGAAGGAAAACUUCAGUGCAGCCACCAAUUGGGAUCUCACCAGUGGAAGCCUCUGCUACUGCUGAAAGAGUGGCCUCGCUUCACCAUUGGUCAGACAAGCUCAAGGCGGAUGGAAAGGAAGUUCCUCUUGAUGUGCUAUUGUAUGAGCAGAUCAUAGACAGGGACCACAACUACCAAAAGCUGUUGGCAAAGGAAACACAGACUGUGGUGGGAUCUCAGAACCGAGCAUUGCUUGCGAGGCUGGUAUCUGACCUCAAAUACUACUCCAAUCUAAAGGUUUCCAGAUUGAAAACCAUUCAGGACCAAAGCGCAGGACGUUUGAGUGAAAGUAUAUGGGGUGAGGGGUACCAGGGCUACGGAAACGGCUUUACCAGCCGAGGAACUACGCAUAUUGUUCUUCCGCACCAGCGGAAAAGCGCGCCAAAAGUGCGGGAGCACUAUAUCAGCGUGGCAGACAUGGAGAAGCAGGCAGAGUCUGUAUCCGAGCUGGUUCCGAUCAGACUGGAAUUUGACAUCGAAAGAGACAAGUUCAAGCUUAGUGACACCUUUCUUUGGGAUAUCAAUGACAGAUCGGUCAGCAUAGAGACUUUCGUGGCUCAUCUGGUGCAUGACUACAACUUCAAGAAGAACGUCUAUUCGGAGGCGAUUGUGGCAAGCAUUAAGGAGCAACUUAACGAGUAUCGUCCGAUGGUAUAUCCCCCUUCUAACUACUCCAGGCUGAAGUCUGAGCAAAGACCUCUGGCAGAUGUGAGGAUUCCCAUCAAGUUAGAAAUCACCAUUGGAAACAACCAACUGGUCGACCAAUUCGAGUGGGACAUCAACAACUCCGACAAUGAUCCCGAAGAGUUUUCACGUGUGCUUUGCGAAGAGAUGGGAUUACCAGGAGAGUUCUUGUCUGCUAUAUCCCAUUCUAUUCGUGAGCAAUCCCAGAUGUUCGUGAGGUCUCUCUAUCUUGUGGGGUAUUUGUUUGAUGGAUCAUCCGUGGAGGAGGAAGAGAUCAGAAGACUGUUGAAGCUUCCUAUCAAUACGUCAAACAUCAGAAGGCCAAGAUACCUUCUCUCCGACUACACUCCGCAGCUGAGCGAGUUGUCAGUCACAGAGAUGGAGAGAUUGGACAAAGACAAAGAGAGGGAGGCGAGAAGGAAGAGAAGAGGACAAGGCAGAACAGGUCGCAGAAAUGGCCCCACAUUGCCUGAUCUGACAGACGUACCAAAGACUUACAGAACGCCAGUGCCCAGUUCCGUUUUGCCUGGUGGAGUUGAUCUUGGUCCUCCAGCAGAUGCCUACGAAGAGACAGUUGUUGACAUAGAGACCCCCCAAGACCAGCUCGAGGCCUUCAAGGAAAAGAUGGAGAAGGACAGACUGGAAAGACAGGCUCUCAUGGAGAAACAGUACGGAUCAUCCAUAACCGGCUACGCUUCCGAGAAUGUCCGGCCCGAGGUUAUCUUGUCGCAUCAAUAUGGCUCUUCGUUGAAUGUGAAAAUCAAAUUUCACAAGAAACGUUGA